UCAUGUCAAGCAAAUAUAAAUUAAUGCUCAUUUUCAGACAAGAAAUAUAAAUAAAAAAAUAACUAUACGUCAUUGAAAGACGUCGAUGUCAUGUCGUAAUGAAUUGCCAGUCUUGUAGCAACGAAUGCAAUGUUGUAAACUGGUUCCCUUUAAAUAGAACGAGUGCUGUGAGUUAAAAAUACACUACAUAUACGUGAUGUAUGUAAGUGUUAUAUACAAAGAGGCGCCGGAGUUGUCCGCCCAGCGGCGCCGGUCGUCAGAGCCCGAUCCGUCUAUAGAGAAGGUGUUGCUGGUGAACCCCAACUGUCCCGUCAGGAUCAUGUUGGAGUACAUAAGGAAACGCUGCAGGCUCGGGAAAUUCACAGAGUUCGAUCUGUGCGACGAGACCGGCCACUUGAUGGGGCUCUUUGAUAUGCCUACCUACGUCUACACAACCGACAAGUUCGAGCACAAGAGCACCUAUUACAUCAUUAUAAUGAAACAGGAAGCGGACAGAAGAAUAUCCGUGCUGCCACAAUUAAAUCACGAGAAUCAAAUUUAUAUGGACCUCAAGACCAAGGUCAAAAAGUAUCUGGCCGGGGACGGGACUCCUCCGACACCGACCUCAGCGUCGACGCCUCCAGGGAAGGUGACCCCUCCGGUCACUAAACCGUCAGCCAAGAAAAAAUAAACAAUUCACA